CGGUGCAAGAUUUUUCCCCAGGACGACAGGAGGGAGCCACUGGGGCCUAAAUGGUUAAUGAGCGUGGGUCAGCCCCAGUCACACAGCCCCAGCAACCCAUUUAGGACUUCAAAGGUCAUAACGACCUCAAAGGGAGAAAUAUCCUAGGAGGAUAACCAAGCGUGGCUAUGGCAUCCAACAGCCUAUUCAGUUCGGUGACUCCAUGUCAGCAGAACUUCUUCUGGGAUCCCAGCACAAGUCGGAGGUUCAGUCCGCCGUCCAACAGUCUUCAAACAGUCCCCGGGAAAAUGAACGAUGUGAACACAGCCACGACUCAGCAAGACGGGACCUCAGCUGUGCCGAGACUUCGGCCCCACGACAAUCGGACGAUGGUAGAGAUCAUCGCGGAUCACCCCGCAGAACUUGUUCGGACGGAUAGUCCAAACUUCCUUUGCUCCGUAUUGCCAUCGCACUGGAGGUGUAAUAAAACUUUGCCUGUUGCUUUUAAGGUUGUAGCAUUAGGGGAUGUGCCUGAUGGGACAGUUGUCACAGUUAUGGCAGGGAAUGACGAGAACUAUUCGGCAGAGCUCCGCAACGCUUCAGCUGUCAUGAAGAAUCAAGUCGCUCGAUUUAAUGACCUGAGAUUCGUGGGCAGGAGUGGUCGAGGCAAGAGCUUCACGCUGACAAUCACAGUAUUCACGAACCCACCCCAAGUGGCCACUUACCACCGAGCCAUAAAGGUCACCGUGGACGGCCCGCGGGAGCCUAGACGACACAGACAGAAGCUGGAGGACCCACCAAAGGCCGGCUUGUUUUCGGAGCGCCUGAGCGAGCUAGAGCGCCUCCGACAGACCACUAUGAGGGUCGCCGUGCCAACGCAGAGUCCACGGCCAUCACUCAACACCACGGCCAACUCCUUCAACCCACAGGGUCAGAAUCAGAUCUCAGACCCUAGGCAAUCGCAGUCCUCUCCGCCCUGGUCCUACGAGCAGCCGUACACCCCUUACCUGAGCCAAAUGACCUCGCCUUCUAUUCACUCCACCACGCCCCUGUCCGCCACCCGAGCCACCGGCCUGCCCGCCAUCAGCGAUGUGCCAAGACGGCUCUCAGGUACCUCUGAUCUGAGCCCAUUCUCUGCUGACCCACGCCAGUUUGAGCGUCAGUUCCCUGGUCUCUCCUCGCUGACCGAGAGCCGCUUCUCCAGCCCUAGGAUGCACUACCCGGCCACAUUCACCUACACGCCCACCCCGGUCACCUCGGGCAUGUCCCUGGGCAUGUCCACCACCACCCACUACCACACCUACCUGCCUCCGCCAUACCCGGGCUCCACGCAGAACCAAACCGGGCCGUUCCAGACCAGCAGCACUCCCUACCUGUACUACGGCGCCUCGUCCGGCUCCUACCAGUUCUCCAUGGUCCCGGGGGGUGACCGCUCUCCGUCCAGGAUGCUCCCGCCGUGCACAAGCGCGUCCACAGGUAGCUCGCUCAUCAAUCCCAACCUCCCCAACCAGACGGACGGAGGCGAGGCAGACGGGAGCCACAGCAGCUCCCCCACAGUGCUCAACUCCAGCGGCAGGAUGGAUGAGUCUGUGUGGCGGCCAUAUUGAGAGACACCAAAUAUUUUAGAACGCAAUGGAAAAAUAGACCUGUUCACUGAGCACUGUUUGCCUUGAAGUAAAACAAGAGCGUUUUUGGCUUUAAGUGGCUUCAACAAGUUGUUCAGAAUAUCCCUGAAGUACAAUCGUUUGUGUCAAAACUUCAGUUUUAAAUACUCUUCUUGGCAGAAACAUCAGUGUGUUAUUUACUAUUACACUGUUGUCAUAUAUUUCUAAAUCCUGUUUUCAACAAAUAUUUAUCCACAAAGGUACCAGCUUUUGAUGCAUCCCUGAGGAAAGAAGGGAACCAUUCAAGGCAUUACAGUAUAUAGAUAAACCUGACAUUCCACUGCAGAACCAGUGAUAGCUGCACAGUCAGUCACUGAAUUACUGAACUGACGUAAAUAAUGUUUAUUACGUGAAUAUAAUUUUUUAUUUGACUAUUGGCUGAGUAUAUUUUUGGUACUAACUAAAUUUAUUUUGCAUUUUUCACACUGAAUGCCUGUUUCUUUGAUAUUUAUGCAAGUGAGAGAGGAUAAGUUAUGCUCACCAGUACCGGCAUUAAGUAACUGUGCUCAUUCUCUCUAAUUGUUUUAAUUUAAAAGUAAAAUUGUAGCAGGAAUGGUACUGUUUGAAAAGCAAUAUAAUAAAGCCAUAGCGAUCUUUAAA